CACAACAUCCACUUUACUGUUGUCAUGUUCGGCCAUAGUAACAUUGAAGCGCUCCUCCCUCCGUACUCAUAUCGCUCUAGGGCAAUUGAUUGAAGGCACCUUUGGAGGGAGCUUACCAUCGAGCACCCCGCUUCCCCGCUCACGACAGUCAGGGUUAUCCUCGUAAAUAUCGCUGUUGUGAAGGUUGGACAGAUUACUCAAGGACCGAGGGUUUGCUUCAUUCUAACGACGCGUUUGCGCUGACGUGGUAACGACGUUGCGCCAUCUUCCGGUCGAUGUGGACAGUGGAGGCUCGUGGGGCAUACAUUCACGGAAACCAUGGAUGAUCGCGAACGACACAGAAGUAUGUCGCUAAUACCUUAUGCGCCAGCGGAGUCGCGGGAAAUCGUUUUGCGCCACGGUUCCGCAGUAGUGGUAUUCGACCAACAGUCCAAGCAGCUCUCCCUGCGCGAUGCCUCGCGAUCCACCACUGUGGAAGCUACAUCAUGCCCAUACUGUCGCCGAUCAUACCGCGACCCGUCGCCUCACGAGCCAGAACAUGACGAACAGCAUGAACACACUCCAAACAUACCAGAUCCGGACAAUGGCUUCGUCAACCCUGCGUAUUUUGGCAUGCUGCGCAGCAGCCAACCUGGGUCAGCAGAUAUAUCUCGCCCACCAUCGCCGCAUAAGCAGCUAGCACCGGCUCCUGUUCGAAACACACCGAGAGAAUAUCAUGCGCCUGAGGGAGCCGAGUUCGUCGGAAGCACACCCAUACCUCCCACAAGAAGCCAGGGUAUAUCCGCGAGAGCUUUCAGUCCCAACUACUUCAAGACCUUCUUCGUAGAAGAAAGGGAGCUUGGGAGAGGGGGCAAGGGUGUGGUGCUACUUGUACACCAUGUUCUCGACGGCGUACAACUUGGCAAGUUCGCAUGCAAACGAGUCCCAGUGGGCGACGACCAUGAGUGGCUUGAGAAAGUCCUGAUCGAGGUCCAGCUGCUCCAAAAUCUAUCGCAUCAAAAUCUAGUGUCAUACCGACAUGUGUGGUUGGAAGAUUUCCAAAUAUCGAACUUCGGUCCGAGCGUGCCUUGCGCUUUCAUUCUACAACAGUACUGUAAUGGUGGUGAUCUACACGACUACAUACUAGACUCUGCUAAAACGACGGUCACCACAGAGCAGUUGAAGGAACGCCUCAGAAGGAGAUCGAAAGGACAACUGGAUGAACCAGAAGACAUGAUUGGGCCGCGUCGUAUGCACUUCGAGGAGAUCAUAUCGUUCUUCAAGGACAUUACGUCGGGAUUGAGCCACCUGCAUGCGAAUGGGUAUAUUCAUCGGGAUCUGAAGCCAAGUAACUGCUUGCUACACAAUGACGGACACAAAAUCAAAGUCUUAGUUAGCGAUUUCGGUGAAGUACAGUCAGCAAACACGGCGAGAAAUUCAUCCGGGGCUACGGGGACCAUAUCAUACUGUGCGCCCGAGGUCCUGCGGCAAGAAAUACCAGGAGGUCCUUUCGGUAACUUCACGACCAAGUCGGACAUAUUCUCUCUCGGUAUGAUCGUCUACUUCAUGUGUUUUGCGCGGCUGCCAUAUAGGAAUGCAGAUGGUAUCGACGAGGACAAUGAAGAUCUCGAACAGCUUCGAGAAGAAAUUUCAACAUGGGCUGGCAUAGACGAUGAAUACCGCGUGCGGUCAGACCUACCUGAGAAACUGUACAGAUCACUCAAACGUCUGCUUGGUCUAACUCCAGACGAGCGUCCAGGAGCAGAAGAGAUAUUACAUGUCCUGAAAUCGCCGUUAGUCUUCGACGAAUUCAAUGCGUACGCUGGACCGUCGGGCCUCGAUGAACUCAGCCCCCGCAUCUCGCGCGCAGACACACCCACUCCUUCACCAGCACAAACUGGCAGAAAGAGAAGCUCCGUGCAAUACACCCGACCAGGACGUUCAAAACUCGGUGCUACGGUAAUGGACCGCUCGCCCAGCCCUCCACAGCCACAACCCAUGCAGAGGACAUUAUCCUCAGAGGAUGCUGUUGUUCUCCGCGCUCGGAAAAUCGACUUUCUUCCAUCAGCAACUGUGGUCAGAACGCCUUCGCCGCAAAGGUUGAUGCUCCCCCCUCCUCCGCCACAACCGCUAGACAUGCCUUCGAGAAUUUAUCGUAUGAUAGAACAUCCGACUUUUGUUGGUGUUGCAAAGGUCGUGCUGUUUUUCGCAAAAGUAGUGACAUUGUUCAGUCCUUGUCAACCCUUUGCAGCCAAUUCGUGGGUAGCGUAUCCACUGCUUUGUUUUGCGUCUCUUGAUUUUAUAGAUGUUAAUAUGGAGGUCGAAUUGAGACGAAGGCAUGUUCGGCUCGGAGGAUUGAGUGUGUCAACCUUACUCUUGCUGUUGCAUGGGGUUGUGGUGGGAAUGCUGUGGAGGCGGGACACGCUGUGCGCAAGGAGAGGAAUUGUGUGGGAUGGGCUUUGAAUGGUAACACAAUUUGCGUGUUUACCUGAGAUGAGAGCACGACGAUGUAAACUCACGAUAGUGAUGCUGGUCAGCUUGUUGACUAGUUUAUGUGUGCUUAUAGUGAACGAUGCAAUCUGAAUUACGCGGCACUACAAAUGCCUAGUCUUGCUGCUGUAAAAGCAACGAGG